AUUUAGUUUUGUUUUGUAUGAAACCGGAAGUAAAAGCUCUUCCGGAUGAGUCAUGUUGUUUUGUCAAAAUAAAAAUAUUUCAACUGAAAUGAGUUAGAUAUUUAAAUAAUGGCAGAGGGUGGAAAGUCAGAAAAUGCUAAAAAUACUCUGCCGAUUCGCGGGAAAGUAAGACAAGUACGACAAGAGUGGGCAGUGUACGAGGAUGGGGCAUUUGCUCAUCAACUGCAGAAUGAAGAAAUUGAUCGUCAUUAUGGUUUGAACCGUUUUAAUCGACGGACUGUACGUGAAGACAUUCCAUUAGCUAAAGUUGUACAGUCUGACGAGGAAUUGCGGCUUCAAAAUGAAAGAUUCCAGGAGUUACAGGCCCUCAGAGUGCAGGCCGAGGAAGAUGAAAAAGUUGCCAAGAAAUUAAUGGAACAAGAACAGUUACAGAAUCAGGCCAGUAAAAUGGCUAUUGAACUCACAGAUGAGCAUAUUGCCAAAGAGUUGAUGGAGCAGGACCAGUUACAGAAUGAGGCACGGAAAAUGGCAAGGGAACUAACUGAUGAGGAAUAUGCCAAGGCUAUCCAAGAGAAAGAAAAACAGAAAUACGAAAGACACUUAGAAAAGAAAAAGUUGCAAAAAUUAAAAAAGGAACGAGAAAAGAUAGAGAAAACACAGGCUCAGAGGACCGAAGAGGCGAGGCUGAAUGUUAGAGGGAGUACAGAAGAUCUAGAUGAUCGUAUGGCAGAGAUGAACGUACAGAAUGGAGGGGUAGCUAUGAGGUAUAAUACCAG